AUGACGAUAGCCAAGGUCGGCCGUCGGCUGGCAGGUUUUACCGACGUUCCCCACGUCCCAACAACAGCCGGCCAGCAACGCUGCCACGCCGGUUUCCAGGGCGUCAGGCUCGCUAGGGCGGGACAGAUGCAGGCCUUUCAGCUCCUCGGAAGUGGGCGCCCUUUUCAGAGCCCUGCUGUUUGUCGGUCUCACAGCCCAUCCGAUCCUGCGAAGGAAGGGUAUCUUGCUCCCUUCGUCUCGCGUCCUUAUCGCGCCCUUCUCGCGGCUUAUGAUACGGCUCAUUUAACCGAUGGCGAGCCCGGGAAUCCCGUCUGUACUAUCGCGAGGAGGCUCCCCCCUUCCCCACCCUCAACCAAAGGUGCUCAACGCGAUCCUAGUGAUGGCCAGGACCGGCUCUUGCGGCCGAGCACUGUUCAGCUGGCGAUCGCAGGAGCUCCCGCGGCCAAGUUCAUUGGUGGCCCAGUGCCGGGGAUGGGUCCACAUGGGGCCGAUCAUCAGCCUCCCCGGACUGGGCGGAGCACUCUUGGCCUGUCCCCAGCGCCAAACACUGCUGAUGGGGGGGGCAGAAGUGUCCCAGUUGAACCCACACAAAGCCAGGAAAUGCCCGAGUCCGAGGGGCGGGCUUUUGAGGAGGAUUGGCAGUGCAAAUGA